CAGCACAAGUGGCACUCGGCAGCUGGAGCGGCCCCAGCCCUCCCUGGCCACCCAGGAUGCUAUAAAUGCCCCCGGGCCCGGGCUGGCAAAGGGACAGGAGCGCACGGAGAGAUGGAGGACAGCUCUAAAGAGGCGCUGAUGGAGGAGGCACCUCCGAGGUACACGGAGUCCCCGCGCCUGCCCUGCAUCCCCCACGAGCUCAAGAGCCUCCUGCUGAUGGUGGCGCUGGUGGUGGUGGCCCUCGUGGUGGUCAACGUCACCUUCUUGCUGCUGGGGCUGCACCUCAGCGAGUCCCACGCCGAGACGGUGUUGAGAAUGAGCAUCCACGGGCUGGAUGGCGAGGGGAGCGCCCAGGAGCUCGCCGUGAGCAGGAAGGAAAGGAGCGGCACGUUCGCGGUGCGGGAUGGGCUCAACGGCUCGGCCGCGGUGGUCUACGACUACAGCAGGCUGCUGGUCGGCUACAGGUCCUGGCGUCACCGCGCCUGCUACAUCACCCGCGUGGACAAGGACAACUUCCCGGGGCUGGACGCUGUCACCGAGACCUUCCAGCGCCAGCAGGACGAGGACGUUGGGGACAAGGCCGUGCCCCUGGCUGACCGCUCCAUCCUGGGCACCACCAUCAACAUCCUCUGCAGCGCCGUCCCCGUGUUCUGGGCAUAGCAGCAGCUCCCAGCGGGAUGGGACAGCGACAUGGGGGUGGCACUGUCCCCCAUUGUCCCCUUCCAGGCGGGAAUCUCUCCUCCUCGUCCUCGUCCCCACGCCGGGGACAGCCACCCCGCCCACCGUCGCUUGGCACCGCGGCUUUCCCGCUGCUCCCGCCGUAAAAAGAGCGGGAUUUGCUUCGGGAUUUGCUUCUGUCUACAAAGUAAAGCCUGUGCCCCCGCC